AUGAGCGGACAACCGAGUAGCACGGGCGGAGGAGACAUGGGCGGAGGAGGCUUGGGCGGGGGAGGCAUGGGCGGAGGAGGCAUGGGCGGAGGAGGCAUGGGCGGAGGACCAGGCAUGGGCGGACCAGGCAUGGGCGGAGCAGGGAUGGGCGGAGCAGGGAUGGGCGGGGGAGGCAUGGGCGGAGGAGGCAUGGGUGGGGGAGGCAUGGGCGGAGGAGGCAUGGGUGGGGGAGGCAUGGGCGGAGGAGGCAUGGGCGGAGGAGGCAUGGGCGGAGGAGGCAUGGGCGGAGGGGGCAUGGGCGGAGGAGGCAUGGGCGGAGGGGGCAUGGGUGGAGGAGGCAUGGGCGGGGGAGGCAUGGGCGGAGGAGGCAUGGGCGGAGGAGGCAUGGGCGAGAUAGGCAUGGGCGGAGGGGGCAUGGGCGGAGGAGGCAUGGGCGGAGGGGGCAUGGGCGGAGGGGGCAUGGGCGGGGGAGGCAUGGGCGGAGGUGGCAUGGGCGGAGGGGGCAUGGGCGGAGGGGGCAUGGGCGGAGGAGGCAUGGGCGGGGGAGGCAUGGGCGGAGGAGGCAUGGGCGGGAUAGGCAUGGGCGGAGGGGGCAUGGGCGGAGGAGGCAUGGGCGGAUGGGGCAUGGGCGGAGGGGGCAUGGGCGGGGGAGGCAUGGGCGGAGGGGGCAUGGGCGGAGUGGGCAUGGGCGGAGGGGGCAUGGGCGGAGGAGGCAUGGGCGGGGGAGGCAUGGGCGGCGGGGUGAUGGCGAGCAACGGGUGUCCGGGGUACGAGUGGCGAGUUGGGGGCACGGUGAACACGCCAGUGCAGCAGACGCUCUCCUUCGCUGUGCCGCUCGCCCCCACGCUCGGAGAGGGGGAGGUGCAGGGGAGAGAGGCGAGGGGCAGGGGAGAGAGGCGAGGGGCAGGGGAGAGAGGCGAGGGGCAGGGGAGAGAGGCGAGGGGCAGGGGAGAGAGGCGAGGGGCAGGGGAGAGAGGCGAGGGGCAGGGGAGAGAGGCGAGGGGCAGGGGAGAGAGGCGAGGGGCAGGGGAGAGAGGCGAGGGGCAGGGGAGAGAGGCGAGGGGCAGGGGAGAGAGGCGAGGGGCAGGGGAGAGUGAGGAUGGUGGGCCGUUGAUGGCACUUGGCUUCUACCUACCUUCUCUCUCGCUGUGCAGUGUGCCACUGCAUCCCCCCUCACUCACUCACCCCUCAUCCCCUUGUGUCCCACCCUUCCCUCCUGCCCGCAGUGCAUGCGACGCGCUGGGGCGGGACGCGUUGAAGUAUGAGGGGCCGAGCUUCGACACGUGUGGGGGUCACCCGUCUCCCUUCGGCCAGUACCACUACCACGUCGCGCCUGGUGUCGCCAACCCCUCUGCCAUCUCCGCCUCUCGCACCACCGACUUCCAGCUCUGCUCCGCCUCGUUCUGGCAGGACACCCCAGGCGAGCACUCUCCACUCGUGGGAUUCCUGGCGGACGGCAUUCCGCUCUACGGCCAGCGUGGAGCAGGGGGGGAGCUACCUACCGGGGUGGACGAGUGCGGGGGGCACGUGGGGGACGGCAGCGCGGGCGAGCCGGCGUUCUACCACUACCACGCCAGCAGUACCGCGCCCUACACCGUGGCGUGCCUCAAGGGCUGCGUCGCCUCCUCUGACUGGGCCAACCUCGGCUCUGCUUCCUGCACCACGGGCAGCAGUGAUUGCGCAUGGCAGUGGCGUGCAGAAAAUGGCAGCAAGGAGCAAUACGACUACUCGUCGCUGGCAGCAGUGCAAGCAGCAUAG